GUUCUCCACUGACUGAUGCAAGAUAGAUUUCUGGGUAAUGAUUAUAUUAAUAUUAGAAUUCUUUAACUUUCAACAUAUUUGAAAUAAUCAUAUUGUAUUUUUCUGAAAGGAAACAUUUUUCAGAUACAAAAAAGCUAAAAAUCAAAGUACUGAAUGUUCUGAUACUAUAUUUUCACUGUGAAUCAUGAUUCAUAUAUAUACUUUUGAAGAUUUGAAAAAAUAAAUUUCUUUUCUCCUUUUUUCAGUCACAAAUAGAUACCAUGUAACUUCUAUGACCAACAGUUUACAGUGGAAUUGCUUUUGCUAAUUAUGGCGAUGCAAUACAUGGAGCUAUUUGAAAUGAGACCUAAUAUGACUCAUCUAGAAAGCUCAAUGGAAAACCUUACAGCAGAAGAAUUUGUGAAAUUCAUUGAAUCCUUCAAUGUGUCAGACAUUAUGAAACUUGACACAGGGAAAUACCUCCAAGAGCCCGAUGCUAUUGUUAUGAUGGUCUUGUGUGUUCUAGCUCUCGGUACCAACAUUAUUUCCAUUCUGGCUACAAGCCAUGUGCCCUCAAAUCUCUUUACUGCUCACUUUCGACUGAUACUAAGCCUUGCUGCAUCUGACAUAAUGAUCGUGGUCAGCAUUGUGUUUCACAUUUUGAACAAAGUUAUGAAUCCACCUCGGAUAUUCCACCUCCAUUCUCAAGAAGAACGCUUAGUGUCAUCUUGUGGAUUUCAGCUUGUGGUUUCGAUCAACGUCACUGCUCAUUUGAUCUCCCUCCUGAACCUUUUCGCCAUGGCACAGGAUCACUAUGUGGCCAUUAUUAAACCUCUACACUACCACCACAUUAUGCGUCCCAGCCGAGUUAACAUCAUGAUAAUUAUUCUGUGGGUCAUUUCAUUUCUGGGUGGAUUUUCCAACUUUUAUGCAGGAAUAGGAAAGCCUCCACAUUUUAAAGACUUCAACAUCUGUGAACGAGCCCUGUAUAGCAGCUACCAGGCAGAAUAUCUGCUCAUUCUUCUUACCAUACUGUGUUUUCUAGGAAUAACUGUCAUUUACACAGCACUUUAUUGCAAAAUCAAACACCAUAACAGCCUCAGAGUGACAAUGUCCAAGAACAGAAUGCACAACAGGAAAGCUCUUGUCACCACAUUAAUGAUCAUUGGAACAUUUGCCGCCUGUUGGCUACCAGGCAUGAUCUUUCAACUGGCCCUGAUUAUUCAAAUUCACAUUGAUGAAUCCAAAAUCAGAGAUUACAUUGUGAAGUUUGUAGAGGCCAAUAACUACUUGUAUAUCCUUUUGCUGUGUAAUUCUCUGUGCGAUCCCAUCAUUUACGCAAUUCGACUGCCCGAGGUCCAGCUUGGGUACCUCAGAUUCUUGUCCAAGUACUUUGUGACUUUCAGGAAAAUUCUUCACAGGAGAAGAAUGAGUCAAACUUGGAGUGCAAGAACUAGUGUGAAUACCUACACAGAUACAGGGUGUGCUUUGAAUCUUCUUGAGAGAAAUAAAGAAAAUGGUAACACAGCCAGCAGUGAUUCAAAGAAGACAGUAGAUUCAAAUAAUGACAGUAUAUGUUGA